GGCGGGUGGCACCGCCUGGCCGGCCCCGGGGUUGGGGCAACCGGCCCUGCGCGCCCCGCACCGCGGCCCGCCAGCGCCGCCGAGAGAUGGCGGAUUCCUCCUCCUAUGCCUGUAAAGGUGGAAGGAAAACUGGAGGUUCUACCAAACCCACUGCCAGCAAGGAAAGGACAGAGACCAGGAUAAAUCCACCUGCAGAACUGCCCAAGCUUGGCAAUGCAACCAGUGACAGAAGUGAAGGCAGGAAGAAAGGACGACCCAAGGCUGAGAACCAGGCACUGAAAGACAUCCCACUAACCCUGAUGAACCAGUGGAAGGAUGAAUUCAAAGCCCACUCCAGGGUAAAAUGCCCCAACUCAGGCUGCUGGCUGGAGUUCCCCAGCAUUUAUGGCUUGAAGUACCACUAUCAGCGCUGCCAGGGGGGUGCCAUCUCCGAGAAGCUGACCUACUCCUGCUUGUACUGCGAAGCUGCCUUCACCUCCAAAACCCAGCUGGAGAAGCACCGGCUCUGGAAUCACUUGGACAGGCCAGUGCCAACCAGCAAAGCAGAAAACAAAGUGCCCAAGGCCAUCGGGAAGAGCAGUGGCAAGAAAAGAGCUGCUGAGAGUUCAGCUUGCCCCACCAUCCAUCCCAAACAGGCAAAGACGGAGAGGGCCGCGGGCCAGCAGCACGCCGAGAAUGGCGAAUGCCCGGCGGAGAGCCGCGAGAGCAAGGAGUUCCAGAUCGCUGCUGCCGAGGCCAUGGCAGCUGCCACCCCCACGGCCAGGUCCUCUAGUGGCAAGGAUGCCAUGCAGCAACGGGGCAGCCAGGCCUUGCUGCAGGAGGAAGACCCCGAGAGGAUGAAGCACAGAAGGAAACAGAAAACUCCUAAGAAGUUUACCGGGGAGCAGCCUUCCAUCUCGGGCACCUUUGGACUGAAAGGUCUUGUCAAAGCAGAGGACAAGGCAAAAGCUCAUCGAGCCAAGAAGUUGGAGGGGAACACCAGCACAGAGGAGCUGAAAAAGAAGUCUCCAGGAGCCAGUGUGAAGAAGGAAACAGCUGUGCACCUGCCAGCAGCAAACCCUGAGGACCAAUGGCAGAGGGAAAUCAGUGAGAAGGGAGAAGUCUCCUGCCCAAACUGCAGUGUUAUAACCAGGAAAACUAUUGUGGGGCUCAAAAAGCACAUGGAUGUCUGCCAGAAACUGCAGGAUGCCUUGAAGUGUCAGCACUGCAAAAAGCAGUUCAAGUCCAAGGCUGGGCUGAAUUACCACACCAUGGCUGAACAUGUCAGCAAGCCUGUUCCUGUGGAAACCUCUGGACUUGGUGAGCAGGAGGAGAGGGAAAGGCUGAGGAAGGUGCUAAAGCAGAUGGGGAAACUGAAAUGCCCCAAUGAGGGCUGCGUGGCCAACUUCUCCAGCCUGAUGGGCUACCAGUACCACCAGAAGCGGUGUGGCAAGCAGCUGGCAGAGGCCGACAAGCCUGUCUUCAGCUGCCCACACUGCGGCAAGAAGUACAAGUCCAAGGCUGGGCACGACUACCACGUGCGGUCAGAACACGCGGCCCCGGUGAGCCCCCCGGACACCUCCACGGCCCAAGGAGCGGGGCCAGCCCUCCCUGGGGGGGACUGCAGAGCCGCUGAGCCCGCGGGCAAGACAGAGCCGGGCAGGGCCGAGCCGGGCAAGCCUCCAGAGGAGCCAGAGGUGAAGCCAGAGCCUGGCCCUGUGGAAGACUUCGAGAGGACCCCGAGCGGCCGCAUCCGUCGGACGUCAGCCCAGGUGGCUGUGUUCCACCUUCAGGAGAUAGCAGAGGAUGAGCUGGCCAAGGACUGGACCAAGAGGAGGAUGAAGGAUGACCUGGUGCCUGAAACGAAGCGGCUCAAUUACACCCGCCCGGGGCUGCCGAAACUCAAUCCCAGGCUGCUGGAGAACUGGAAGAAUGAAGUGAAGGAGAAGGGUCGCAUCAACUGUCCCAACAACUGCUGUGAAGCUAUUUACUCCAGCGUCUCGGGGCUGAAAGCUCACCUGGCCAACUGCAAAAAGGGGGAGCACUCGGUGGGCAAGUACCGCUGCCUCCUGUGCCAGAAGGAGUUCAGCUCCGAGAGUGGGGUCAAGUACCACAUCAUCAAGGCUCACUCAGAGAACUGGUUCCGAACCUCCUCCGAGGCCAGCCGAAAGAAAAAACCCAGGGAGCAGCUUUCUGCUAGCAGAGAGGAGAAGAAGAAAAGCACAAACGGCAAGAAGAGGGGGAGAAAACCCAAGGAGAGACCUCCAGAACCGUCCCCGAAGAGCAGGGAGAGCCUGGCAGCAAAGACUAAUCACAAGAAAACCCUCGAGCACUGGGAAGGCUCCAGAGACAGCCCCGAUGGGGGCGGGGACGAGCGUGUCCCCAAGCCCCCCCCGAGCCAGCGCAAAGGAGGAGCCACCAAGGUGCCCGAGAAGUGAGCAGCUCAGAGACUGCCUCCGAGGAUUCCUUUAGAGCCCAGGGUAACAGGGUGGUGUGCGUGGGGGGAGGGAGGGGGGUCUCUCCUGCUUUUCUGUCGUGUCCACCCCCCCCACACACUCCUAAUCCCACCUUCUCUCCCCCCCCCCCCACCCUUACCCCCUUCCACUUACUCCCUUUUUAAAAAAAAAAAAAAGAGUUAAAAAAAAAAAAGGAAAGAAAAAGAGAAAAAAAGAGACAGAAAAAGACCAAUUAACCACUUCCAACCAGUCAUGGACCUUGUUUCACACUGGAAAACAAACCAGGAGCAAGCAAAGUGGGACCUUUCUGCACCCCCCCCGCCCAUGUACAUACCCUGCUGCCACCCCUUCCCCCCUCCACACCACAUCCCCCCCCCAUCCCUGCCCUUGCUCCUGUCCCUGAGUUCCUUUCUCACUCCCUGCACCAAACUGGUGAUGCUUGAGCAGAAGAAAAGUGCAAUAGCAGCAGGGUCCCCCUUGGCUGGGGUCUCUGCAGCUGCCUAGGCUGGGGGAGAGGCUUCAGCCUCCCAGUGUGGGCAGUGCCUGCAUCCCAACUCCCAGGAGGGUGUUUCCAAAGAUGUUGGAGCUGUGCAAGCAAGGGCAGAGGGGCUGCAGGGUCUGGCAGUGGAUGUGGGGUAGGGUUGAGGGGGGGCCUGGUUAUGCUUUUCCUUUAGCCUUGGGGAUCAUGGAGUAGAAUCGUGGAAUUGUUUGGGUUGGAAGAGGCUUUAAGAUCAUCCAAGUCCAAGCACUGACCCAGCACUGCCAGGGCACCACCAAACCAUGGCCCUCAGCACCACAGCUCCAUGGCUUUGAAACCCCUCCAGGGGUGGGGAUUCCACCACUGCCCUGGGCAGCCUGGGCCAGGCCUUAACGACCCUCAAAGGGAAGAAAUGGUUCCUCAUGUCCAGCCUGAACCUCCUCUGGGUAACUUGAGGCCAUCUCCUCUCAUUCUAUCACUUGUUCCAUGGGAGAAGUAACCAACCCCAUGCUUCAGCAGGGACUGGGCCUGUGGUAUGUUGGCUUUGUGGCCAGCUCUGUGCAGGGCUUUGCCUUGGUGCCAAGAGGUACAGGCAGAGGAGCAAGGCAUGGGACUGGCAGAGCAUCAUCCUGGGAUGGUGGAGCUGGCUGUGGCUGGAGGCCAGGGAGUGCAGGAGGUGUGGGCAGCCCUGCAGUCGGUGGCAGAGGAGGUGUUGCUGUGGGAUGGGUCAGGCUGGAGGGUUCAGUGGAGUGUUGUGGGAAUAGAGCACUGUGUUGGGAGCGUGGAGCAGGGGUGGCAGUGGGAGCCCUGCCCUGGUGCUCAGAGGUGUCUUUGCAGACACAGCCAGAGGUGGGGCACUGCGGUGGCCACGGCAGCACCGCGAUGACAGCGCCGGUGCCAGGGUGAGCUGGCAGCCACUGAGCUGCCCCAGUGCUUGGGAGGGUCCAGUUGGCAGAAAGGGCAACUCAGGUUCCCCACCGUGCCCCACCCCAAAGGUGCUGGUGGCCCAGGAAGGAGGAACGAAGUUUUGGUGACCCAGCUGCAGCCGUGGGAGGGGUGUGGCAGGGCCAGGAGCAGCAGCAAGUGACAAUCAUGGGUCCUGCCUUCGGGCUGGGACCCUCCAUGGGCUGGCUCUGGGCUUCCCCAGGAUGCAUCCAAGCCCCCAGCCACCUUCCCUGGAGACAGGGAGUCCCCACUCAGCUGUUGUCCUUCACUUGUUCCCUUUCCCCUGGCUUUUCCUUUCCCAAUCCCAUCACAACACCUCGCUCCAGCCUGGAGGAGCCAUCCCUGGACUGGGAUGUGUCUGUCUCCAGGCCAGCACCAGGCUACCUCUGUCCUUGGGAAACAGACAGCGUUUCCUGGGGGGAAUGGAGCAGAAAACUUCACUCCAGUUGGGUUUCUUUCUCCUUGUGCUGAGCCAGAGAGGUGGCCUCAGGGGGAGGAGAGCUUCUGCUUUUGCUUUAACCAAUCCAAACCUCAGCCCUUGGGUUCCUCCACCGCUCUUCACCUCGGUGCAGCUUCCCUGCUCGAGUGAUCGUUAAUGUCUCUCGCUGGUGACAGGUUUGAGAGGGAGGGGACAGCACCGUCGGAAGCCGAGGUGGCUUCUUGGAGGAGCUGAUGCUCCUGCUCCAGCUGCCAGCAGCUCCUGGUGUGGUGGGCCCAUGCCUGUGGGCGAGGCACCUGCCUGGUCGUGCCAGGCUGCGAAGUUCAUUAGUGGGGAAGCUUAAUUAGUCACUGCAGCUCAUCCUGUUGGCAGCUUGGGCUUCAUCCCAUCGUUGUUUUGAUGGAGUCGUGGUACAAAUCCUGCCUCCCGAGGGAAGGGAGGGGACUUUUGGAAGCUGUAAGGGCUGCAUCUUGGGCUUUGUCACAGCAGGGACACAGGGACACUUUCCUGGGUGGGUGGCAUUUUGCUGUGCUGUGCCCACAGAGCCCUGUGCCCACUCACCAAAGCAAUGACCACUAGAAGGGCUGGCCAGGAGUGACCCCAGCACCCGAAGGAGGGUGCUCAGGGGACACGUCGUGGCUACUGGGGGAGGGGGGAUUGGGGGGGGUGGGCAGUGUUAGGGGAGUGGGCAGAGGAGGGGACCUGGCGCUGAGUUUGGCACCGAAAUCUCCACUGGAACCCCGCAUCACAUCGCCCCCCCUGGGGGAAAUCCCCUGGCACAGCUCCUUUGCCUAGCCAGGGGAGGGCACCUCUGAGUUUGGACCUUCUCAUCCCCUGCUGCCGUUUGGGAUAGCCCAGGGCUCAAUUAGCAGGCAGUUAAUUGGCUUCUCCUUGAGUACAUUCGCAGUAGCACUGCAGCCUGUGCUGGGGGUGAGCCCCAGCGUGGGAGCUGCUCGGGGUGGGGGACAC